AUGCUCCAUACCCGUAUCAUCCUUCUCGACAACAACAAUCGUGGCCGCGACUCCAUCGAGUCAAGAGAGUUCGGCAUGAAGGGUGUUUCUAAAACUGCUUCUGUCAGAAAGCUUUGGCAGCUUCCAAAUCACAAGCGCGCCCUCCGUCGCACCUCCUUCCCGUGCCCUCGAGUACAGCUAGAACCGCAAGGAGGUACCUCGGACUUUGCCGCGCUGCAGUACGCUUCGUUUGUCAAUGUGAUCACAUACGAGAACUCUCAUCCCCCAAAUGUGUCCUGUUCCAUCCUAGCUCAUCUAACCACAUCCCGUCAAGUCGUUCUGCAAGUCAGCGAACGGCCGUGUUCCAAGGAAACGCAUCUUUGCAAAACAAUGCCACUCAAUCGCCCAAUCUCUCUCACCCGCCUUUCAUCCUCGCUUACUCUCCGAUAUGUACGCACAAGCGCACUCUCACAACCUUCUCAUCCCACAUCCUCAUUCAAGCCCAUCAUGCUCUUCAGCACACUUUCUGACUAUCCCACCCAUCCCGCUCUACUCAUCUCCUCGCCCGUUCUAGUCAGAUAG